AUGUGGGAGCGCAGAAGCAGAGGGGAGCCAGCAGCCCGCACAGCAGCCGUGGCAAGCCGCAACGCCAGCGGCCUCCGCCCGCCUCCAGCCAUUCUGCCCACCUCCAUGUGCCACCUAAGGGAAAGCCAAACCAGCGGGGAUCGGCGCUCACUUGAGAGGCCAACGGUGCAGAUCCUGAUCGGCCUCAUCCACCUUGGCUUCGGCAGUGUCCUGCUCAUGGUUCGGCGAGGCCACCUGGGAAUGCUCUUCAUCGAAGGUGGCGUCCCCUUCUGGGGAGGAGCUUGCUUCAUCAUCUCUGGGUCCCUCUCCGUAGCAGCUGAGAAAAACCACACCAGUUGCCUGGUGAGGAGCAGUCUGGGGACCAACAUCCUCAGUGCCAUGGCAGCCUUCGCUGGGACAGCCAUUCUUCUCAUGGACUUCGGUGUCACUAACUGGUCUGCUGCUCCAAUAGACCUCAUGAGUGUCCUGACACUGUGGCUCUACUCCAAGAUAGGGUGUGGGGGGGAAGGAAGAUGAGGCCACUUUGGGUGCCAAGCCACCCGUGCUCAGACUAACGCGUCUGUGAUUUUCCUACCCAACGCCUUCGGCACGGAUUUCAACAUCCCCAGCCCAGCAGUCUCUCCACCCCCUGCCUAUGACAAUGUGGCAUAUAUACCCAAGGAGUCAUCGGAGUAGAAGACGCAACUCCUCUGCUUCAGGUUGGAGUCCAGGCUUCCACUCUACCCACAUCUCUCCAUCUUCACCUUGUUCUGGGGCAGUCCUUCCCCAACCAGGCCCUCCAAGUGACAUACACUGUGUCACCGAGUGAUGUGUUCCAUCAGUUUCCCAUUUCCUCCAGUAGUGUCUUUCUAAAAAGGACAUAAGACUGAUGUCCAGGGUGUGUGUCCCUAAGCACUACCCCACCCCAGCCUUGUCACCUGACAUAGAUGUCCCCUGGGCUCCUCUGCACUGUCCUCGCUCAGCUCAUGGAGGGAAAUCUUGGCAUCAUGGAGGUUUCACGGGUUUGCCUUCAAGGAGAUCAUUAAGCACAGAGAACUCGGAAUGUUCCAGAAUAGACUGGCGUUUCAGAGGCUCUGGCCCUACCACACAGCAAGACAGUGGGCCUGACUGACCUCCAGGCUCCUGCCCCCCAAAACCAGCUCUGUCCUUUUUCAUCUGCUGUUACAUCUUUGAGUUUUCAUUUUCUCACCUGGAAACUAAAACGUUAAACUGCAUAACCACAA